AUGGAUAUCGUGGUGAGCCGCGAGCGCGCGAAGAGAUUUUCAACAUGUGACGUUCGACGCACGAGCUCGGAUACGAAUGGAUUUGCAGACGCGGUGGUAUCUUCUCGCUCCACCGAUCCGCGCGCCGCACUCAUCCAUCGCGCUCGAAGAAGCAUGGCCGCCCUCACCACCGUCCCCCUCGUUCUCGGCGCGAAGCCCGCGCUCCGCGGCGCCAAGGUCGCGUCCAAGGCCGCGCCCAAGGCGUCCGACCUCUUCACGCUCUUCGACUCCAUCGACAAGACCGCGGACAAGAUCGAGGGCGCGUUCGGCGCCGCCGCGGGCGCCGCCGGCAAGGCGGCGGACGCAGUCUCCGCGGCGGCGACCGUCGCGAAGCCCUUCGCGGAGAAAGCCGUCGACGCCGCCGCGCCGCUCCUCGACGCGACGGGCAAGUACGCCGAGCGCACGGUCGCGCCGCUCGCGGGCGAGGCGAUCAAGACUGCAGGCUCCGCCGCGGGCGGCGUCGCCGGCUCCGCCGCGAACGCGAUCAAGUCGCGAGGGAUCGACGUCGAGCCCGUCGCCGGCGCCGCCGGCGCCGCGGGGAAACUCGCGGGCGACUUCGCGACGACGACGGCGGCGCCCGCGUUGGAGAAGUUCGGCGACUACCUCUCCACCGCGUCGCCGACGGACCUCGCGGAGCUCGGCGCGGGCGUCCUCGCGGCGUACUUCAUCGCGCCCGCGCUCUUGGGCGUCGUCGCGUCCAGCGCGCGCGGCUACGCGGGAUCAGGCGCGUUCCAUCUCGCGCUGUUUUUUCGCCCCGUCGAGGCGUACGACGACGUCUUGAACAAGAAGAACGUCGUCGUCGUGGACGUCCGCCGCGAGAACGAGGUCGAGCGCGGGGAGGUCGACUUCCCUAGGCGCGCGGCGUCGCGCGUGCUCCAGGUCCCGCGCGAGCAGCUCCGCGGGAACUUCAAGAACAGCUCCGCGGUGGACGCGAACCUGACAGCGCUGAAAGUGGCCAACCUGAAAGGGGUCAAGCGCGGCACGAAGGUGUACCUGCUGGACGCCAACGGCGGCGACGCGCCGAAAGUCGCCAAGGCGCUGACGGCGCAGGGGUUCGGCAAGGUGUACGUGAUCCAGGGGGGGUUCAACGGGUGGGCCUCCGCGGGGCUCGGCGUGCAGUAGAGGAGAGGUGGUUUGGUCGGUCGGUUGGUCGGUUGGUCGGUCGGCGUCGUUCGCGACGGCGCGACGACUGUUAACCGUCGCGCGAUCGCGACCACCGCGAACGCACUUUUUCGAUUCUCUCCGCCGCUCGUCUCUCUCUUUCGUUUGAGCUCGACGCCGUCGCCGCCGCGCGCGCCCCGCGGCGGGCGACGGACGCGUACACAUUAGCUAACUGCAAACGACGCCGCGCGCGCGUGUCGACGACGCGUUCAUUUCGUUCUCUCCAUUUCUAUUCUACAGUAUGUAAACGAGCGAGUAAGACGUCGAUCGUCGUCGAGACUAG